AACCCAGUACGGGAAAUCGGUCCGCUCUCAAAAUCGGUCCGACUCUAGCAAACCCGUAUAAGCAUGAAAAGUAACGUGUACGCCAGACACCCAGAAAGCUGACAGAAAAACACUGACAAAAGUUUGUCAGCAACAUAUACACUCAAAGCAUGUCAGAGGCUUUAAUCAGGAGAAUACAGGAGCUGGAGGCAGACCUGAAGAAGCUCAAGUCCCAGCUGAAGGAGAGGAGAGACGCUGGAGAUGAUCUAUCUCCUAUUGAACACACAGACUGCAGACCUGAUUCUAAUACCAGCAGCAGCAGAAAGGGUAAGAAAGCAGGCAAAGAGCGUCCUUUUGACUUUUCCGCCCAGCCUCGGCGCCAUGUGGCCCUGCGGCUGGCUUACCUGGGAUGGUCCUAUCAGGGGUUUGCAGUUCAGGAGAACACUGACAACACUGUGGAGGCCCGAGUCUUUGAGGCUUUGCUGAAGACGCGGCUGAUACAGGACCGACAGAGCUCCAACUAUCAUCGGUGUGGACGUACUGAUAAAGGAGUCAGUGCUUUUUCCCAAGUCAUAACUAUUGAUGUACGCUCCACGCAAUUUUGUGGAGGACCUGGCGUCACCGUCCCUGAACAUGUUGAUGUUAGUGCCAAAAAUAAAGCUACUGGCCCCGAGCUUCCAUAUGUGAAGAUGCUGAACAGAGUCCUGCCCCCGGACAUUAGGAUCUUGGACUGGGCGCCAGUAGCAGAGGGCUUUAGUGCACGCUUUGACUGUCAGUCCCGCACGUACCGGUACUACUUCCCUCGCGGAUCCUUGGAUGUAACGCUGAUGGCAGAUGCUGCAAAAAGAUACGAGGGCACUCAUGACUUUCGCAACCUUUGCAAAAUGGAUGUGGGCAACGGAGUUCUGCAGUUUGAGAGGACCAUCUUGUCAGCAUCAGUCAAGCCGGUGCAGCCUCAGCACAUCAACAGCACAAAUCAAAAUGAUCUCUUUAUAUUUGAAAUCAAAGGACUGGCCUUCCUUUACCACCAGGUACGAUGCAUGAUGGCACUGCUUCUCCUGAUUGGGCAGAAACUGGAAGCCUCGGACAUAAUAAAUAAGCUUCUGGAUGUUCAGAGUAACCCCAGGAAGCCCCAAUACAGCAUGGCAGUAGACUACCCGCUGGUGCUGUACGACUGCCACUUUGAAGGUUUGAGCUGGAAACAGGAGUGUGAAGAGGUGAACCACGUCCUGUCUGCACUGCAGCACCACUGGACCCAGAGUGCAAUCAAGACCCACGUCGUCCAUGGGAUGAUCCAGGGUUUGGAGGCCAUAGGUGGUGUGUCCUCUAAUCAUUGCUGGCUAGUAGAAGGCAGCAAGCAGAGAAACUACAGGCCCCUGCUGGAGCGUCCAUGCUGCGAGAGCCUGGAGUCCAGAAUAAACCAUUUUGUCAAAAGAGGCAGGCUGGAGCAGGAGGAAGGGGAGAAUGGAAGUGAAAUGGUCCACAGAGGGAAAAGGUCCAAACAUUCCCACGUCUCCCCCAGUCUGCCAGUUUCUUCAGAGAUGCCAGUGUCAAAACAAAGUACAGAUCAAAAAGCAGAAGAUUAA